GCAUCGACAUGAGUCUCGGGAUCGUUAUGACCAGCUGAAACAAGGACAGGAGGUGACUGACGGCCGGAUCGAUCACAACAACGUGGAUGUCUAAGCCAACAGUGUGUACCUAACGCAGACAAUUAAGGAGCUGACGCUCGUCGGGCGAAAAGAGUCCGGGAAACCCAAGGAGUCCGGGGAGGAGCGUAGGAGGACUGUCGACAUGAUUGCAGCCAGCAAAAAACUGGAGGGAAGCGAGGCAGAGUUCGAGGGUAAGGUGAGCAGUUCUUCUCAUAUGAUCAUGACUCCCGAUGUGACGACAGGCAAGGGAAGCUAAAAUAGGGGCGACGAGUUUCUAAAGACGAGAGACCACGCGAUCCAGGCCCUAGGCGGCGCGUGGGGAAGCUUGGCGAUGGACACUAGGGGCAACCACCUUCCGUCGAUGAAUGCAACAGCACCUCCGACGAACCUGGGAGGAUCGACGAGUCCAAGUGUCGUUGGAUUGGGAGCUGCACCCAGCGGGUCGGGGCAGCAUCGGGUGGAGCAGGGUGCCCCAAGCGAGACAUGAGGGUACCUCGGGUCCAGGUCGGGUGUUAUUGUCCUGGGUCGAGGAUUCUCGUGUGGCAAUCGAGCCGUCAGAUGGGAGGCAGAGAUGAACCGUCCGCCGGGAUUCAUCCAGCCAGGUGGGGCGACAUCGAGCGAACUAGGCGAGUUGUGUCAUGAGUUUUCGGGUCAGGGCAAGUCGGAGGCAAGGGCGAGGCCGCUGCAGCCUUGUUCAAAGGGCGAACCGCUACCAUCGAGUUUUCUCGCUUCAAUUACCAUGAAGAUCCAUCCGGUUGGAUGUCCAGGGUGGAGAAAUACUUCAAGUACCAGGGGAUUACGAAAGAUCAGAACGUCGCCCUAGCCGCAAUUCAUCUCGAGGAAGAUGCCAACCAGUGGGUGAUGUGGUUGGAAGAGGAAUUCGAGCAAGGUGGUAUGGAAAUGUGGUGGGAAGACUUUCGCGAAGAGUUUUGGAAGCGGUAUGGGGCUUCAAAGAAAGCCGCAGGACAUAAAGCACUGGCCAAGAUCAAGAAGUCAGGAUCUGUGGAAGAAUAUCAGCAGACCUUCAAAAAAUUGCUCAAUUGCUGUCGUGGCUGGGGAAAAGAGGCCAUCAUGGGCAUUUUCAUGGGUGGAUUGCAACCGGAGAUCUCCUCAUACAUCCGGGUCUUUAAUCCGCAGAACACGAGAGAUGCAUAUCGGCUAACGAAGAUUCGGGAAGAGAAAAUUCUUGUGGAGAAGACGACGAGUGGGACCUCCUCUCGAGGGACCCCGACGACACUAGUAGGGAGAGCUGGUGAUAACGGCGUAUUUACACAUGUUUGCACCCUCGUUUCUUGAUCAUUUUGGCUUGAGUUUUUGCUUUCUUGGACUAUUUUACGCUAGGUUGUGUUCCUUUGUCACAUUUCAGAUCCUAGUAUGUAAAUUGAAGCAUAGGCGCAAUUUUCAAGUCAAUCGGAGAUCAUUUGGCAAUUCGGGAGAAGAAACACGAGCAUGACCUGAGGAAGAAUGGAUUUAUACCUCAUAUUAUGGACAAAUAAUCAUGAAAUCUUGUCAUGAAAAGAAAGAGGACGAGACUACGAGCGUCUGAGAUCAAACGGCGACUGACUCGGAGUCCGGACGAGGGAGAAACGAAGCAUUAAACAGGAGCGGAGGAAGAAAUACGGGCAUCCCCUGCCCAAUUACGGGCGUAAUUGGCUCUGCCUUGACCGUAAUGCAAUGCCGAGCCAAAUACCUGAGAAUGCCUUCGAAGAUCAAAAUACGUGCAAGAGCAAAAUGAACUACUGUCGUAAUUCCACAAAUACUGGCAGUAAUUGGGUAAUUACGACCGUAAUUCCUCUCAUCAGUGUUAAGUGAAACGCGCGUUUUGGGUGAAAUACGGGCAGACCAUGUUUACGAUCAUAAUUCAGCCCGUAUUUUGCCCAUAAUCGGGUUUUUGAGGCAGAUUUGAGCCAAAGGAGAGAGAAUCGAGUAUUUGAGCUAAAAAAUAGAGCUUUAUAGAGAGAAAGUGCGAAGAACAAACCCUAGGAGCUAUUUGGAGUGGAUUUCUCACCAUUGAAGCCCAAAUUGCUUCCCUAGGAGUGAAGAUCGACAUCCCAGAGCAGAUUAUCCUCAUCUUUAUGAGUAUGACUACUCUGAUUUCUGUUUUCCUCGCUCUCUCUGUGGAGUAGAACCUUCUCUCACUUGGGUAUGAAGAACCCUAGUUCCAUGUGUUAGGAAUCUUGAUUGUAAUGACUUGGGAUUGAUAUAUUGAUUGGUUAUAAUCGAUUGAUGCAUGAUUCACUGAGUCAAUUGAAGUCUGAUCAUCUUUUCUUGAUUUCUGCUGCAACCUGAAAUAGAUAGAAUCUUAUUAGGUUGUUAGAGCUUCAUCAAUCAGUAGUGGUAGAUUGGUUAUACGAGAGUUAAUCGAUUUACUGCUUUGUACUGGAACCCAAUUUCAUUAGUGGAGUUCUGUGCUUAUUGCCUCAGCAGUCUAUCCCGGUGAAGGUUAGUCGCCUGUCGGUUAGCCUGCCUGAGAGGGCUUGGUCAGCUUAAGAGAUUCCAAGCUACUGUCGGAUCUUCCGCAGUUUAAUCAACAGUUAAUCAACCCAGGGUAAUUACAAUCUUGACCUAACUAAGGAGCUAGGGUGACUCAUUCCCGAGUGACUCUUCCCUUGCUAAAGAAUUUUGAACCAUUUCCUGCUUUCUUACUGCUUUUAGUUAAAAUCACAAUCACUCGACUUAGUUUGCUAGAUAAUAGAUAAUCACGGAGUAAGCAGUAGAUCUAGACCCAAGGUUGACAAAUAGAGCUUGCCACUUACUGCAUUUCCGGACUGUGAUUACACUUGGUCGCAGUUUGGUGUUGUGUUUUAGCGUGUCAAGUUUUUGACGCCGUUGCUGGGGACUCUAGGUUAUUGUAGAAACAUGAAAGUCUGUUACUUUAGCAUUUACUUUUAUGUAUCCUCUCUUUUCCACCCUUGCUUUUUACUUGGGUAUUUUGUUUUUGUUGGUGCAGAUCUGAUACAUGGAUUCUCAAGGCUUCUCCAACCAUUGGGAGUAUCCACCACAACCCGAGUGGUAUUACCUCGAGACUUCCUGGAGCACCCAAGGAGGAGGAGACUAUGGAGUCGGGUUUCAGUACCAACCCCCCUACUACGAUGAACAAUCAGACCCUUGGGUAUUUCAAGAACAAUCUCAUUAUCAAGAAGAAUUCCUCCCACAACUAGAAGGGCCAGCAGAUCUUGAUUUAGUUACAGCCUUCCCGGGCCAUCCAGCAGAGCCAUGCUACACUCCACAGCCAGAUCCAAACUAUCACUUGAGGCUUCUCGUGGAGCAGAUUGCUCGAGUACCUGAGAGAUCCUUUCACAAGAUGGAUCCUCAUAUCCAGGCAAUGGCCCAAACUGGAUUCUCUUUUCCCCGUGAAACGGAUACCCUUCGUAGCAUAAAGAAGCACAUAGAGGUCAUUGAGAAAGCUUGUGCACAGUUUUCUCAAGACAACCUUUAUGCUGCCAUACAAGUAGAGGAGGAGGAAGAAGAAGGCAAUCAUGAGGAUGUUGAGGAGCAUACAGAAGUUGUCACGGAAAGCUCCCAUGAUAAUCAUGAUCAAGUGUAUCCUCUGGUGGUAGAUCACAAUUGUCCCCAUUUCUGCUCUGAUAUGUUGGGCCCGAGCGAGGAGAUGCAAGAUGAUCUCAUUGAAGAAAUUACAUGGCGACUUGCUCUCCAAUCUGUGCUAGAAGAAGGAGAGCGAGAAAGGGUGAGGGAAGAAGUUGUGGAGGAUGAGGAAGAAAGCAAAGAAUAGGAAGUUCUUGAUCUUUUCCAAGGGAAGAGACCACAUUUUGAAGAAGAAAGGGGGGGGGGGGGGUGGAGGAAGCAAUUGGCGUCCAGGCUGAGGAAGAAGUUGAGGUGGAAGAGGCUUGCACCGGCCCUAUGUUACAUGUGAUAUCUCCACCAAACUUCAAGGAGCUGCUUGGCAAGGACCCAUUUGCAAUGUCUCUUUGCCAGACCAAGAUCACAUCAACAUCAAUCCCUCUUGGUGGAUGCGAUAGUGGUCAAUCGAUGAUAUCUUAUCUGGUUUGGGGAAAUGAGACAAGAGCAAACGCGAAGGAGAGGUCUCGAGAGUAGAGACUUCAUCUUCCUCAAGGCCACGAGCCAUCUUCAUCACCUAUCACAUCACCUACUUGUGACUUGAGACUCCACAUCAUUGACGAGAACCUCAACUUCAAGGAGGUUCUGGGGUGGACCGAAACUUAGGAGCCACCGUCCAGCUAAAGACGUAAAAAAAGCGCUUGUGGGGAGGCAACCCCACCAAGGUUUGUUUUCUUUCGUUUAUUUUUGGUUUGUCCACUUGGAACUAUGGUUUCUAUCACCCAGUGUGUUUUGCUGAUGCUAGCCCCGCUGAUUGGUCCACUUCCAGUCCCCCGACAGUCUUUCCUUCUGGUAACAUCGUUCCCCUUGUCUUUCCCUCUGCUCCAUUGAUGGCAAUGUCGAACUUAAGUGUGGGUGAGUGCUUUGUAUUGGUUGGAAUCUAUAUAUGUGUGCUUGGAGCCUAGUCUGCUGUACAAAUCUCGAGAUUUGAGGGCUCCAAGUACUGAGGUUUGCAUUAUCAUGUUGGCACUGUGGAUUUGAUUGGUGAAUCAAAUGACUUUCGAAUUAAUGCAUGACAACUUGAUUGUAACUAGGAAAACCUAUGAUGAUGACUGAGACGUGCAGUAGGAUUGUGUAGGGAUCCGUUUUUCAACUGUUUGCUUACCAACUGUGACUUGGAUUGAUCACUUGUUCUUGACAGUCGUUUAUGCAUCUAGUUCAGGGAAUCAGAAUGAGAGAUAGAGCAUAUAGGUAGCCAUGUGAGAUUUGAGCCUGUUCGUUUCUUUCUUGUGAAAUAGAUCCCUCUUACAUUAUGUGUAGCAUUCACGUUAUCAUUAGCUAAGAUGAUGGAGGCAUAGGAAUAGCCCACGACCAAAUUGAUUGUCCUGGUGUGUCAUACCCCCUAGUCAGCCCCUUUGAGCCGUGUCACUAUCUUUCGGUGUAUAAUGGAAAAUCACCCUUUUGCAUCUCUUAGAAGGUUCCACGAAGUGGUUUUUGCGUGUUCUCUGCUGUUUCUGCUAAAAAUAAUGUGAGGGUUGGAGGUAAUUCUUAAAAGUUGGGCAUGUGUUUGAAAAAUGUGCAGAGGUGGUUCUCUCAGGAAAUGAAAUGAAAAAAAAAGAAGAAAAAAACGAAUGAAAGCAAAAGAGAGCCACUACCAAGAAUCUGAAUCAUGCUCAUUAAGUAGUGUUUCUUAGCAGUCUGGCUUAGAAAUACUAACAUUAUUGUGACCUCCUUCGCUCUUGUGCUCUAAAGAAUUUGAGUAAUGCAGAAUGGCAGAAAGAAAGUAAGUGGGUUGAUUGGCUGUAAACGUGUUGGGUUUGGAACUGUGGAACCUUGUGCUAUGAAUACUUCCACCACCUAAAAGGCUUUUUCCCCAUGUCCAAGACCCUAGCCAGUCAUUUGAACCUGUGUCUAAGACCUCCGAAUUAGUUAGUGAUGACACCCAUUUUUGUGAACUCUAACAUUUAGAGGCUGCCGUCAUGGUGAAGAGACGUUAGGGAUUGAGAGAAUAAGUAUGCGCAUUUUUUGCAACAACUUGUCCUGACCCCGCUGGUCGAGAGUGAGAGAUUCAUUUCCUUGUCCUUUACACUCUUUACCCCGGUGAGGACCUAGAUGGCUCGGUCUUGAUUCUGAUGUCUUGAGUUUUAUGCAUGAGCUGACUGUCUUGAAUAAGUGGUUGAAUCAAGUCUAGGUUGGUUGGUGAACAUAAGGGAGACUCUUCCUUUACCCGAUUAUGCUGCACUCGAAUGUCCUAUGUGGUGGUUGUCCAGGUUGCUGUUGAAGUUGUUCAUGUGUUGAUGUCAAAAAGCCAGUAUGAUUCCCCAGUUUCGUGCCUAUAUGAUAUGUCCCCAAGGGUUGCAUGAUUGAAAUGUGUUGAGCUUUCCUUUUAUCUGACUUGGUUUGCUUGAGUACAAGCAAACGGUUAAGUGUGGGGGAAUUUGAUAACGUCGUAUUUGCACAUGUUUGCACCCUCGUUUCUUGAUCAUUUUGGCUUGAGUUUUUACUUUCUUGGAAUAUUUUACGCUAGGUUGUGUUCCUUUGUUACAUUUCAGAUCCUAGUAUGUAAAUUGAAGCAUAGGCGAAAGUUUCAAGUCAAUCAGAGAUCAUUUGGAAAUUUGGGAGAAGAAACACGAGCAUAACCUGAGGAAUAAUGGAUUUCUACUUCAUAUUAUGGACAAACAAUCAUGGAAUCUUGUCAUGAAAAGAAAGAGGAUGAGACUACGAGCGUCUGGGAUCAAACGACAACUGAUUCGGAGUCCGGACGAGGGAGGAACGAAGCAUUAAACAGGUGCGGAGGAAGAAAUACGGGCAUCCCCUGCCCAAUUACGGGCGUAAUUGCCACUGCCCUGACCGUAAAUGCAAUGCCGAGCCAAAUACCUGAGAAUGCCUUCGAAGAUCAAAAUACGAGCAAGAGCAAAAUGAACUACGGUCGUAAUUCCACAAAUACUGGCAGUAAUGGGUAGUUACGACCGUAAUUCCUCUCAUCAGUGUUAAGUAAAACGCGCGUUUUGGGUGAAAUACGGGCAGACCAUGUUUACGACUGUAAUUCAGCCUGUAUUUUGCCCAUAAUCGGGUUUUUGAGGCAGAUUCGAGCCAAAGGAGAGAGAAUCGAGUUUUUGAGCUAAAAACAGAGCUUUAGAGAGAGAAAGUGCGAAGAACACACCCUAGGAGCUAUUUGGAGUGGAUUUCUCACCAUUGAAGCCCAAAUUGCGUCCCUAGGAGUGAAGAUCGACAUCCCAAAGCAGAUUAUCCUCAUCUUUAUGAGUAUGACUACUCUGAUUUCUGUUUUCCUCACUCUCUCUAUGGAGUAGAACCUUCUCUCACUUGGGUAUGAAGAACCCUAGUUCCAUGUGUUAGGAAUCUUGAUUGUAAUGACUUGGGAUUGAUAUACUGAUUGGUUAUAAUCGAUUGAUGCAUGAUUCUUUGAGUCAAUUGAAGUCUGAUCAUCUUUUCUUGAUUUCUACUGCAAACUGAGAUAGAUAGAAUUUGAUUAGGUUGUUAGAGCUUCAUCAAUCGGUAGUGGUAGAUUGGUUAUACGAGAGUUAAUUGAUUUACUAAUUUGUACUGGAACCCAAUUCCAGUAGUGGAGUUCUGUGCUUAUUGCCUCAGCAGUCUAUCCCGGUGAAGGUUAGUCGCCUGCCGGUUAGCCUGCCUGAGAGGGCUUGGUCAGCUUAAGAGAUUCCAAGCUACUGUCGGAUCUUCCGCAGUUUAAUCAACAGUUAAUCAACCCAGGGUAAUUACAAUCUUGACCUAACUAAGGAGCUAGGGGGACUCAUUCCCGAGUGACUCUUCCCUUGCUAAAGAACUUUGAACCAUUUCCUGCUUUCAUACUGCUUUUAGUUAAAAUCACAAUCACUCGACUUAGUUUGCUAGAUAAUAGAUAAUCACCGAGUAAGCAGUAGAUCUAGACCCCGGGUUGACAAAUAGAGCUUGACACUUAUUGCAUUUCCGGAGUCUGAUUACACUUGGUCGUAGUUUGGUGUUGUGUUUUAGCGUGUCAGCUGGAGUCGGUGACUCCCCGCCAACCGUUACUGCCACAGCCGCACCAGCCCCAGGCCGCGGGCCAUCACCACCAGCUCGUCGAGUUAUACGUAAUUUGACGCCAAAGGAGGCCGCCAAGCGUAGGAUGGAUGGGCUCUGCUACAACUGUGAUGAGCGGUUCACCUAUGGUCAUUGUUGUGUCAACAACUAGGAGUGUUCAAAUGCUUACCAUGAUAAUUACCAAACCAAACAAGCUAAAAUUCUAUUAACCAUGGAAUACAAUAUCAUAACCAAACCGUGCAUACUAAUACAACAACCAAAUUAACCAAACUAAAGUUUAAUCGGUUUGGUUAAUUGGUUAACCAGAUUAACCAAUAUAACGUCACAUCAUCAUUAAGUGAGAAAAAUUUUGGUUAACGCAUCAAUUCACAAUUUAUAUGAUGAAUAAAACUCUACAAUGAACACAAUUAUAUUUAGCCCUUACAGAAAUACAUACAACUAAUACAAUUAUCUUAUAGUCAAUAGAAGUAUUCACCUGACAAAAAUAUAUGUCAAUUUAUUACGGGUGCUGGUACAUCUCUGCGAUGGUCAGGUCAGCCUAUGCCUAGAUUCUCAGUGAAAAAGGUUUGACUUUCUAUCCGAGCUUCUCACACUUUAGUUCCAUGAUCUAAGUUAGUUUGGGGACAAUUCUCUAUCCUAAGCAUAGCUUGAUCUUAUGGCUAAUUAUGCUCGAUAUAAUCUACACUCGUGAUAAGUUUGCAGCAUGGGGGAAGACAUAUGAGGUAGCACGUGUGCUCUGUCCAGGAGGUGUUGAAUCUUGAGACCACCUGUUUACAUCUUGCUCAUAUAUUGUCUAUGUCCUGCAGCACAGCUUAGUUGACUUCUCUCCGCUUCUUGUUUUUACUACCUGGCAUGAUUCUGUGAGUUAGGCUGUGAGUUUCUAGGAUGGUUCAAGUGUUAAACUCAAACUAUGUAAGUUGCUUUGGAAUAUGGUAAUGAGUUCUGUGUAGAAGGAGAGAUGCCGAAGAUGCUAUGGAAGUGGCCUACAACAUCCUCCAUAGCUAGUGACCCGGAUUCGAUCAGAAACUAGUUUUUUUUAUAUUAAUAGUCGGAUAGAUACACAAAAUGCUUUGUCCAGUUUUCAGUAGUAUAUAGCUUAUUGUAGUCUUAUUUCAGUUUGAUGAUGGUUUGUAAUCAAUAUACUUUGUAUUUUUUAGAGGGCCCUUAGUUGCAAGGGUUCUGGCGCUUAAUGCAUUUUUUAUUAACCAUAAAAAAUAUAUAUGUCAAUAGUAUGGAGUUAAUUAAUUGGUGUGAUUGUGUGAAUUGAAUUAGUCUCUUAGCAAUUAUCAUAGGUUGAAAAAGACCUUUCUUUCAAGUUUUCAUCUAAUAUAUUGUAUAAAUUUUAUCUAAAUUGGGCGUUCAUAUAUCAUGAUCUACACUCUACAAAUACAAGUAUAUUGUAUAUGAACAAUAUUAAACUUUAUUAAAAGGAAUGAAUGUUUGGCUCUUGAGUGGUUAUGCCAAUUAAGUGUGUGUAUAUAAUAUAUAUUAGAUAUAUGGAUAAUUACUUAACGGGUUAAUUUGGUUUAUAUGAAACCAAACCACCAAAACUAAACAAGCUAAAUUUGUUAACCAAAUCAAACCAAUUAUCCAAAUUAACCAAAUACUACCGGUUAAAACGAUUACCGUGGUAACCACGCCAAAUUAUCCAAAUUUAUCAUGAUCGGGGAAGAGGGGGGGGGGGGGUGGAUUGAUGCAUUUGCAAGGCGGGCUGCAAGGGAAGCAUUUUCAGUUUAUUAAUUACUAUUCUUAUUGGGGUAUUUCUAGGUUUACUUUAGUUAUUUCGGAUUAUUAUUGUUCUGUUUAGGUAGUAAAUCGUUUAGGAGUUGGAUUCGGUUUGGAUUACCUUGUUAGGGGGAAGGGGUUUAUAGGAUGCGUCCUAUAAAUAUGUACCUUAACCCAUACAUUUUAUUUAUCGAAGAAGAAUAAACCCUAGUAUUUUCAAUUUUCUUUAGUUUUCGUAUUUCAAGUUCCCGGCGCGUGAGGUUGUCACGUGUCAUUCUCAUGAUGAGACAAUAUCCAAUAAUAAAGGCAAACCUAAAGAUGAAAGGGUUAUUAAGGCUUUCUAAAUUUGACACAUUGUGUGAUGAAAUAGUGUAUUUCGAGAGUACAUGUACAGAAAUCAUCUUUGUGAGAUUGAAGUAGAGCCGCUUCAAGGAGAACAAAAGAAGGUUAGUUUUGUACAAACGGUGUUCAUGUCUAAAAAGUUCAAAAGAGAACCUACAUAUUCCAAUGCAACUACUUUUUUAGCUGAGAAUCACACAAUUUUUUUUGUUUUUUUUUUUUUUUUGCAUAGAUUUAAAACACAACAUUAUCCAUUCUCCAACUUGCGCGUGAUUUUAGAGUAAGAAGCCAUUAUGGCAUUCCGCAAUGAGAUCUCCGAUCACAUAGCCUUAGCUCGUGCACAUGCCGACCCAGUUUUAUAUAACAAACCACUUUGAAGGGAUGAGGCAGGAACUCUCCUCAGGAGCUAGCAACAAAGCAGUUUUUUGUCAUCUCUAAUACUGUCCAGUGAUGAAUAACAUAUUAGUUAACAGACUUAACUCCAUUAAAAGCCACGACUGCUUCUGAAGGGAAGCUUUACAUGGAACAGAAUGCAAACAUGGUUACCAAAUGAAAACCAACAUUCGUAAUGCAGCCCACCAAGGAAACCAAGAGUUCACAGAACAACUCUUUGCCGCCCACACAGAAAGCUGCCAAAUUCUCAGCCAUCUUGGUUUUGAACAUGAAUACAAACUCGUCGCAAUGACAUGACACUAACAGAAGAUCUUAAGCUGCCAAAUUUUCAGCCAUCGUGGAGUUCUGAAUACAAAUUGGUCGCCAUGGCAUGACACCAACAACGAAAGAACCAUGUGUUUUCUUUCUUUAGAGUUGACAACCAAGUUGUUUCUUUGUCCCACAUAUACUUGGAUUGGAAGAAGAAUGAAUUACAUGGCAAGCUUAGUACUAAACCCAUUAAUAAUCGGAGCUGCAACCCCCCUGGUUUCCUUCACAUACGAGAUGUAGUCGCUGUAAGUCAUUGUGAAAAGCGUGCUCUGGUAACGCGUCAGUUUAAUAGACUUUCGAAGUGACUCGGUGAUGACGCCAUUGUAGCCAGCUUUGCGCAUCAGCGACUCGAUUGCCUCCAAUUUCGCCCAACCUGAAAUCACCGCUCGCAGUGCAGGAAACUGUUACUUUCAAAAUGCCUUGCAACAGUCUCUUAGUUACGCAAUCACACAUAAAUAAAGUAGAAGGAAAAUUUCAGGAAUAGGCUAUUAUGGCAUAUUUCCUUGGAUUUCUAUAACGAAGAAAGAAAUGAAAUCCAC